CAUCUCAAUCUUACCUUUUUGUGAAAUUACUGAUAUAACUAUCGAAGAAAUUGCUAGAUCAUAUCUUAAUUUAAAAUACCUUAAUCUGAAGAAAUAUUAUAAUAUUAGCAAGAAAGCUGUAGUUCGGCUUAAUUCUGAUAUCCAUAUUAAAAAUUUCAAUGAUCUAAAAAACCCUAGUCUUAUUAUUGCAUUCAGUGAUUAUCUUAGACAGGCUGAUACUUUUCAUCAGAAUUUGGCCUAG